AUGACUCAUUUGAAUCCUGUAAGCAAUCCCGUCGGCUUGCAUGUUCGCCGGCUGAUGACCGCAGCUACAUGGAUCCUUACUGCGCUAGCUCUCUCCCACAGCUACCCUGCCCUCGCCACCAGAGCAGAGGCGGAUGCUCUUCGUCGCAGUGGGUGGUGGCCUCACUCCGUUACGAGCAACACGUCCGUGUCGCAUUGCGAGUGGCCUGGCAUUGUCUGUGAUGAUUCUGGAAGCGUCGCCUCAAUAGACAAGUUAGCAGGAAGCUGCAAUGGUUGCUGGGACGGAGGGAAUUUUAGCAGCAUGAAUUUCUCUUUGCUCCCGAAUCUCGGCUUUCUUCGGCUGCCUGACAAUGGCCUCGCCGGUAUCGUUCCCCGUCAACUAUGUGAACUCCCGCUCUGGUACCUCGACUUGUCCGGCAAUAACCUAAACGGUGAGUUUCCUCUCUGUCUCCAAAACCUCACAAUGCUAGAAGUUCUUGACAUUCAUUAUAAUGAAAUCGCUAGUCCUUUCCCUUCUAGAUUGGGAAAUCUGAAGAAGCUAGGGUACCUAGAUCUCAGUUUCAAUUUGCUUCGUGGCCCUAUACUUCCGGAAAUAGGGAACUUGACAAACUUGAAAUACCUAUGUAUUGAUGAGAAUCAAUAUGGCGGAUCUAUCCCGUCAGAAAUAGGUAAUUUGAAGGGCUUAAUUUGGUUGACGCUGGGUUCAAACUCCUUCACAGGCCCCAUUCCAUCGGAAAUUGGAGAUUUGAAGAAUCUCACUUAUCUAGAUUUGAGCAAUAACAACUUCUCUCGAGAAAUCCCUCUUCAACUUGGGAGUUUGGUCAUGGUAAGCUAUCUUGAUCUUCGGGAUAAUUCUCUACAGGGUUCAGUUCCCAAUCUAAAAAAACUUUCCCUCUUAAGUCACAUCGAUUUGUCAAACAAUAAUCUCACGGGAAGAAUUCCAGAUAAUCUGCUCGACAUUGGUUAUAGAGAUUUCGGUGGCAACGAAUUUUUGGAAUAUGCUACCAUAGAAGCAGAUUUAGAUGCUCUUCGUGGCAGUGGCUGGUGGUCCUCUUAUGACACGAGCAACAGUUCCAAAACACAUUGCACGUGGCUCGGCAUUUCAUGUGACAAUUCUGGAAGCGUCGUCAAAAUAGACAUACCACAAGGAAUACGUGCGCUCACCGGUAUCAUUCCCCUUCAAAUAUGUGCGCUCCUAAAGCUCAGGCACCUCAAUUUGUCCCACAAUCACCUAAUUGGCCAUUUACCUCUUUGUCUCCAAAACCUCGCCAUGUUAGAAGUCAUUGACGUUCAUACUAAUCUGCUCAAUAGUCUUAUCCCUCCCGAAUUGGGAAAUCUGAAGAGGUUGAUCUACCUAGACCUCAGUUUCAAUGCACUUCAUGGCACGAUCCCUUCGACUCUUGGUCACUUAGAUUAUGUCGACUUGUCGUACAAUCGUCUCACGGGAAAAAUUCCAAAUAAUUUGGCCCAUGUUCGUUAUGGAGCUUUCAAAGGUAAUGAAGGUUUGGAAAAGGCUGAUGGUCAUGAAAGAAUGGCUAGGAUUAUACUUAUGAUGGUACUUAUUCCACUGGUGGCUAUAUUAGUUCUUGGGCCUUUGAUAAUACUCCGACGAAGAACGAAGAGCAUGCGAUCAGAGAUAGCAACAAAAAAUGGCGAUUUCUUGUCAAUAUGGAAUUACGAUGGGACAAUGGCAUAUGAAGACAUAAUCAAUGCAACGGAAGACUUUGACAUUAAAUAUUGCAUUGGAACUGGCGGAUACGGUAGUGUCUAUAGAGUGCAGUUGCCCAAUGGGAAGAUCGUGGCAUUGAAGAAACUUCACCGUCAUGAAGCAGAGGACCCAUCUUUUGACAAGAGCUUCCGAAAUGAAGUGAAACACUUGACAGAAGUACGACACAGAAGCAUAAUUAAGCUCCAUGGUUUUUGCUUACACAAGCGAUGCAUGUUCUUGGUUUAUGAGUAUAUGGAAAGGGGGAGUCUAUUUUGUGCUUUGAGAAAUGACGUCGAAGCAGUGGAAUUAGACUGGUCUAAAAGACUCAAUAUUGUUUGGGAUAUUGCACAUGCCCUGUCUUACCUGCACCACGAUUGCACGCAGCCAAUUGUUCAUCGUGACAUAUCUAGCAACAACAUUUUGCUCAACAACAACAUGAAGGCUUUCUUAUCAGACUUUGGCACGGCAAGACUCCUAGAACCUAAUUUCUCAUCUAAUCUCACUGCAGAUAUCGCAGGCACUCGUGGAUAUAUAGCACCAGAGCUUGCUUACACUUUGGUGAUCAAUGAGAAAUGCGAUGUAUACAGCUUUGGAACGGUAGCAAUGGAAAUCAUAAUGGGUGAGCAUCCAGGUGAGAUGAUCUUAAUACUGUCGACACUUUUCAGAGAAGAUAUUAUGCUACAUCGAAUAUUAGACUCACGCUUGCCAAUCCCAAGAGAGAAUUACAUCGCAAGAAGUAUCAUUCUGGUAGUUUCCCUGGCGCUUGCUUGCUUAAGUCGCGACCCAAAGUCGCGACCCGCGAUGAAACAAGUUUCGGAAGCUUUUCUAGCGCCAAAACUAACGUUGGACAAGCCCUUCCAUUCAAUCUCGCUUGCGCAGCUCCAAGAAAUGAAUCGAGGAAUAUGGUGGGAAGGUGGAACCACGGAAACAUCGUCAAGCCUACAAGAAGAGCAAGGACCAUGAAGUACUUGUCCCAAAAGUAGCAAAUAAGCUUCCAACAAGUGAAGACCGAAGAUUACAAACUGAUGCUGCAAAUCGGUGAACGUGGUUGAGGAUACAAAGGAUACGGAUUCAGCAAUUCUAAGUCAUGUCAAACUUUCUUUAAGCUAUGUAGGCCAAAAUUUACCA